AUGGCGGCGCAUCCUGCCUCUUCCAUCAACCCGCAUCGAUACCCCGACAACAACGCCUAUCAGGAGCCAAUUGCCACAGCGCUUUCGACUUAUCUUUCAUAUUGCUCAUCAUUCCGUGGGACUCCGGGGCCCAGGCGUGUCGGCAACGGCCGCAGGUUGUGCUGCUGGCUGGGCUCUGGGCCAGGGCUUGUCAAAUGGGAUGAACAAGUGGUCAAGGCCCCCGGUAUUGCUUUUGAGUACCCUGACAAGUUGAUCAAACGUAAUAUCCUAUGCGAUGUGCUUCCUGCCCGCCGCCCCGGUCAUGCAUCAGCCCAGGAAACGUUGCAGAAGGUGACGUCGCUGCUCGAUUCUCACUCACAGAUACUCUUGGCUGCCCGCGCGUACUUCGUUUAUGCUCGCGCAGUGGAUGCAGACCAUCGCUGA